AUGAUUCAGCGGCGCACACCCGUCGAGAAAUACUUCGCGAAGCGGACCAUCGAGAAAAUGAAGGGCCUAAUUCACGAAAGCCUCGACAGACUCGUCUACCACUUCAAAGAAGCCCAUGCCUCGCACCAGGUGGUCUCUCUCGACGCGGGAUUCGCAGCCCUAACCUCCGACAUUAUCCACAAGUACGUGUUCGGGUUCUACCUGGCUAACCUCGACAAGGAGGGGUUCAACGCCAAGACCGUUGUGAACUUGAUGCCGCUGGAGGGGUUGCGCAAGUUCAAUCCCCUGGUGUUUGCUCUCGCCAGUCAGAAGAAGAAAUUGUACCAUCGGGCCGUAGCCGCGCUGGAGAAUCCGCAUUCGCAUUCCAACAAUAGCAGCGGGACUGUAUUUGACACUCUUGUAUCGCCGACGCUGCUGGCGCACAUGCGCAGGCCGGAGGGGCUGAUAAACGAGGGAUUUGGCCUGGUGAUUGGUGGCGCGGAGACGACGGCUCGUGCGCUUGGUAUCUGCGCGUGGUAUUCGUAUAGCAGGAAAGAUAUUCUGGCUAAGCUCAAGGAGGAGUUGAAGCAGGUGAUGCCGACAGCAGAUUCAAGACCGACGUGGAAGGAACUUGAAGGGUUACCUUCUUUGUCUGGCGUGAUUGCUGAAUCCCCUAUGCCUAGGUAUUGGGCGUGGCGAGUCGCGCCUACGGAGGCGUUGGUAUACAAGGACUAUACUAUCCCGCGAAGCACCCCCGUCAGCGAAUCAAGCUAUUUUGUCCUCAUGGACCCCCAAAUCUUCACCGACUCGCACGAAUUCGACCCAGAAAGAUGGAUACGUGCCACUGCAAAAGGACAACGGCCCGAUCGUCUGGCGUAUGCCGAGAUGUUCCUGACCAUCGCGACGUUGGCACACCGGUGUAAUAUGGAGCUGUAUGAAACGCCCAAGGAGAGUAUUGAAUUUGCUCGGGAUUCUGGCACCCCGUACCCUGCGAAGGGAAACUUGAGCGUACGGACGAUGAUUACGGUGUCAUCGAGUAGGGUGCAUAGUCUGUGUAAGGGUGAAUCUGAGGUUGAUUUGCUUCCAUAUUUAGAAGAAGACUGUCAGUAUACAAGCAAGGGAAAUGUAGCUAACACUGGACGACGUAUCUGA